CUCUCUCUCUCGCUCUCUCUCUCCCCCUUUCUCUCGGCACUGACAGCUGACAGGCGGUAGUAGUGAGCUCCUGCCGACGACUCUGCUACCACAUCUUCAUUUUCCGUGGAAAGGUGAACGAAAUGGAAAGGAGUUCCUGCUUUGUAGCACUAUGCUGAGAUCCCGGGCGGCUUUGCCACCAUGUUGGAACUGGGCUCCUGUUCGGUCAGCUCUCAGUCUCUGACAGGGGACCACAAUGCCGUGGGGCCACGUAGACCCUCAGCAGGACCCUCAGCAGGACCGGAGCGCCCCGUGGAAGGCCUGGCUUUGGGCCUGGGGGCAGUGUGUGGCAGCAGCACCCCCAGGCGGCACGUCCUUUACCCGUCCCCGGUGGACUGCGAGAGCUGGCAGAAGCAUCGCACAGGACUGGCUGGAGGGUCCGGCCUGUACUCUGAGGCCCACUCCCUCCUGGAGCCCCAAAGUCUGUCAGCCAGCUACGACACCCUCUACCUCCCACAGGGGUCGGACUGCGCACCUCCCUUGCACCCAAACCGUCUCGGCCUCACCCUGGAUGUGGCUUCGAGUUUUGACGUUGGAGGCGGGAUCCCAGGGGCAGAUGGAGAUCUGGCGGUCAGUCCCAAUGUGAUCAAGAGACGCCGCGGUGGCCUGAUAGAGCAGAAGGACAUAGUGAAAGCCCACCAGGCACACAAGAUACACAGCACACCACAAGCACGACGGAAGGAGUGGGAAAUGGCCCGGUUCGGAGACGACGUGCCGGGCUUGUUGAGCUCUGGUGAUGGAGGCUCCGACCGCAACCGCAACCGAGAUGGGGCGGCGGUGUCCACAGGUGGCAUCUCCCCAGCCUUCAAGCAGACCAAAGCGCAGCGAGCCCGCACCAUGGCCUUGUAUAACCCCAUCCCGGUCAGAGAGAACUGCUUCACCGUCAACAGGUCGCUCUUCAUCUUUGGGGAAGACAACGUGGUCAGGAAGUACGCCAAGAAAAUCACAGAAUGGCCUCCAUUUGAGUACAUGAUCCUUGCCACCAUCAUUGCGAACUGUAUCGUCCUGGCUCUGGAGCAGCACCUUCCUGGAGAGGACAAAACCCCCAUGUCCAAGAGGCUGGAGAAAACCGAGCCCUACUUCAUCGGGAUGUUCUGUUUUGAGGCUGGAAUAAAGAUCAUCGCGCUGGGCUUCGUGUUUCAUAAAGGCUCCUACCUCAGGAACGGCUGGAACGUCAUGGACUUCAUCGUGGUUCUCAGUGGAAUCCUGGCCGCCGCAGGGGCGCACAUGAACAUCUCAGUGGACCUGAGGACGUUGAGGGCCGUCAGAGUGCUCCGACCCCUCAAACUGGUCUCGGGCAUCCCCAGUCUGCAGAUUGUGCUGAAGUCAAUAAUGAAGGCCAUGGUUCCUCUGCUGCAGAUCGGCCUGCUGCUGUUCUUUGCCAUUCUCAUGUUUGCCAUCAUUGGCCUGGAGUUCUACAGCGGCAAACUGCACAGCACCUGUACGCCGCAGCCUGGAAUACUCGAAAACGAGACGGUGGACUCCACCGAGUUCGAGUUCCCGUGUGGCACGCGUCAGUGCCCGGCCAGCUACAACUGCACCGAUACCUGGAUCGGCCCGAAUGACGGCAUCACCCAGUUUGACAACAUCCUGUUUGCCGUCCUCACCGUCUUCCAGUGCAUCACCAUGGAGGGGUGGACCACGGUGCUGUACAACGCUGACGAUGCCUUGGGCCCCAGCUGGAACUGGCUCUACUUCAUCCCCCUGAUCAUCAUUGGCUCUUUUUUCGUCCUCAACCUGGUGCUGGGAGUUCUCUCUGGGGAAUUCGCCAAGGAGCGAGAGAGGGUGGAAAACCGCAGGGCCUUCAUGAAGCUGAGACGCCAGCAGCAAAUUGAGAGGGAGCUGAACGGCUAUCGAGCGUGGAUCGACAGAGCAGAGGAGGUGAUGCUCGCGGAGGAGAACAAGAACCCAGGGCCCUCCGCUCUCGACGCUCUCAGGAGGCUCCCAGAGUGGAGCACGGGUGGUGGCUACGUGCUGAAGAGGGCCACAACCAUCAAGAGGCGCGGCAUGGACGCGCUGCACCAGGGGCCAGCAGGGGAGGAGCAGUACGGAGACAUCUCGUCUGUGGGCGCCCCCUUGGCCCGAGCCAGCAUCCGCAGCGCCAGGCGCGGCCCGGCCGCCUACUUCCGGCGCAAGGAGCGUCUGCUGCGCAUCUCCAUCCGCCGCGUGGUGAAGACGCACACCUUCUACUGGACGGUGCUCGGCCUGGUGGCGCUCAACACGCUGUGCGUGGCCAUCGUCCACCACAAGCAGCCGCUGUGGCUGUCCACCUUCCUCUACUACGCAGAGUUCCUGUUCCUGGCCCUGUUCCUCACCGAGAUGUUCCUGAAGAUGUACAGCCUGGGGCCCCGCCUCUACUUCCACUCCUCCUUCAACUGCUUCGACUGCAGCGUGAUCGUCGGCAGCAUCUUUGAAGUGCUGUGGGGUUUCUUCAGGCCGGGCACUUCUUUCGGCAUCAGUGUCCUGCGAGCUCUUCGUCUGCUGAGGAUCUUCAAGAUCACCAAGUACUGGGCGUCUCUGAGGAACCUGGUUGUCUCUCUGAUGAACUCCAUGAAGUCCAUCAUUUCGCUGAUUUUCCUCCUCUUCCUCUUCAUCGUUGUCUUCGCCCUCCUGGGCAUGCAGCUCUUUGGUGGCAGGUUCAUCUUUGAAGACUACACCCCGACCAACUUUGACACCUUUCCCGCUGCGAUCAUGACCGUGUUCCAGAUCCUGACGGGGGAGGACUGGAACGAGGUGAUGUACAACGGCAUCCGCUCUCAAGGGGGAGUGAAGUCGGGCAUGUGGUCCUCCAUCUACUUCAUCGUGCUCACCCUGUUUGGGAACUACACUCUGCUGAAUGUCUUCUUGGCCAUUGCUGUGGAUAACCUCGCAAAUGCACAGGAACUCACCAAGGAUGAAGAGGAAGCAGAGGCGGCCUUCAACCAGAAGCACGCUCUCCAGAAGGCGAAGGAGGUCGGACCAUUAUCCUCCUUCAUGUCUUCAGAGGGGAGUCGGAGGCGGCGGCCCUACCUGUACAGGAAACGAGCCAUCCACCGCAGCCGGCCUACUUACUCCUGCUCCCUGGAGGAGGCCCAGGGAAGCGUGAGGGAGGGCCGCCCGCCUCCACCACUCAACCCCUCUAACUCUUUCAUGUCCAGGAGGGAGAGGAGGAAGAGGAUGACCAUGUCAGUGUGGGAGCAGAGGACCAGCCAGCUGCGGAGGCACCGUCAGAUGUCCAGCCGUGAGAUCCUGUUCAGCAGCCCCAGCGAGGACAAGGACGGGCCUCCGGCCAAGUCCCAGUCGCAGCACGGACAUCCCGUGUCGCUGCACCGCAAGGCCAUGCAGCACACGCUGUCCGGGAGCCUGAAGCAUCUGGCCGACCCGCUGACCUCCCCGGCCAAGAACCAGGCUCCAGGCGCCCCCGCGUCUGAGGAAGCGCCUCCGAAGGACACGCUUCCCGGGGACGUGUGCGACCCCCCCCUGCCAGAGCUGGAUCCUGCAGGUGUAGCUCCUUCCGACUCCUCCGCCCCCGGGACCGUACCACAACCCCCUGAGCCAGAGCCCGUCUCUGAGGACGGGAAGCUGUGCGUUAGUCAGGCUCACAACACCAUCUGUGAGCGUCGGAGCCCCAGACUGAACGGCGAGCGCCAACACAGGCCCGUGAAGAAGUUCAGGCCGCCGGAUAACGCCGACGCGCUGACUCCUGAGAGCGGGGGGAUCAAGGGGAGAAGGGCCAUGCAUUAUGGCGACCAUCAGGGGGGCGCCAGAAGUCAGGGGUCGUCUCCAAUGAACGGAAGUCACCCGGCAAGCCACUGGGGCGAGAGGAAGAGAAGCCCGGAGAAACCAGAGGAGAAGCAGGCGGAGAUCCAGAAGAAGGAGGAGGACAAGAGACAGGGUGACCAGAACGAGGAGGGGGGCGCCAAGCCACCAGACAACCAGAGCCAGACCGGGGACCAGGACCAGAGGCUGGAGUCCCUCCAGGGUGACCCAGCUGUGAAUGAGAAGGUGCUGGUGGACGACCAGGAUAAGUCCCAGCUCAGCUCCAGCGUGGUCAUUGAUGUCCCCAACGCUCAGUCCAGCCUGGAGCUCUCCACCAUCACAGUCAACAGUAAGGACCCUGAAACCUGCAAGUCGGAGAAGGAGGAGGCCGAGGAGACGGACCCCGUCAGCGCCGUGACCCCGAACAGCAUGUUCGUCUUCAAACCUGGCAACCCGGUGCGCCGUGCCUGUCACUACAUAGUGAACCUCAGGUACUUUGAGAUGUGCAUCCUGCUGGUGAUCGCUGCCAGCAGCAUAGCGCUGGCCGCCGAGGACCCCGUGGCCACUUCGUCCGACUGGAACAAGGUUCUUCGUUAUUUUGAUUACGUGUUCACUGGAGUCUUCACAUUUGAAAUGAUUAUAAAGAUGAUUGACCAGGGUCUGAUCCUCCACGAUGGCUCCUACUUCAGAGACCUGUGGAACAUCCUGGACUUCAUCGUGGUGAUGGGGGCGCUGGUGGCCUUCGCCCUCACCAAUGUGAUGGGAAACAACAAAGGGCGGGACAUUAAAACCAUCAAAUCUCUGAGAGUGUUGCGUGUCCUCAGACCUCUGAAGACCAUCAAGAGGCUUCCUAAACUCAAGGCUGUUUUCGACUGCGUGGUCACGUCCCUGAAAAACGUCUUCAACAUCCUGAUUGUGUACAAACUCUUCAUGUUCAUUUUCGCCGUCAUCGCUGUGCAGCUUUUCAAAGGGAAGUUCUUCUACUGCACCGACAGCUCCAAGGACACGGAGAAGCACUGCCAGGGUUACUACAUCGACUACGGGAAGGACAAGAAGGAGGUGAAGAGGCGCGAGUGGAAGAGGCACGACUUUCACUACGACAACGUCAUCUGGGCGCUGCUCACCCUCUUCACGGUGUCCACUGGGGAGGGGUGGCCUCAGGUCUUGCAGCACUCCGUGGACGUGACGGAGGAGGACAGAGGCCCGAGCCACGGCAACAGGAUGGAGAUGUCCAUCUUCUACGUCAUCUACUUCGUCGUCUUCCCUUUCUUCUUCGUCAACAUCUUCGUGGCCCUCAUCAUCAUCACCUUCCAGGAGCAGGGGGACAAGAUGAUGGAGGAGUGCAGUCUGGAGAAGAAUGAGAGAGCUUGCAUCGACUUUGCCAUCAGCGCCAAGCCCCUGACCCGUUACAUGCCCCAGAACCGACACACAUUCCAGUACCGGCUGUGGCAUUUUGUGGUGUCACCCUCCUUUGAGUACACCGUCCUGACCAUGAUAGCGCUCAACACCAUAGUACUGAUGAUGAAGUAUUAUUCUGCCCCGCUGACGUAUGACACGGUGCUCAAACAGCUGAACACAGCCUUCACUGUGCUCUUCUCUGUCGAGUGCGUCCUCAAGAUCCUGGCCUUCGGCUUCCUGAACUACUUCCGAGACACUUGGAAUAUUUUUGACUUCAUCACUGUGCUGGGCAGCAUCACGGAGAUCGUGGUGGACCUGCGGUCUGACACGUUCAACAUGAGCUUCCUGAAGCUGUUCCGGGCCGCUCGCCUCAUCAAGCUGCUGAGGCAGGGCUACACCAUCCGGAUUCUUCUGUGGACCUUUGUGCAGUCCUUCAAGGCGUUGCCCUACGUGUGCCUGCUCAUCGCCAUGCUCUUCUUCAUCUACGCCAUCAUUGGCAUGCAGGUGUUUGGGAACAUCAAACUGAACGAGGAGACUCACAUUAACCGGCACAACAACUUCAAGACCUUCUCUGGAGCUCUGAUGUUGCUAUUCAGGAGCGCCACAGGGGAGUCGUGGCAGGAGAUCAUGCUGUCGUGUCUGGGAGGUCGGCGCUGCGAGGUGGACCCGUCGCUUUCCGCGGAACACGAAGGCACCUGUGGCUCUGAUUUUGCCUAUUUCUACUUUGUCUCCUUCAUCUUCUUUAGUUCGUUCCUGAUGCUGAACCUGUUUGUGGCGGUGAUCAUGGAUAACUUUGAGUAUCUGACCAGAGACUCGUCCAUCCUGGGACCCCACCACCUGGAUGAGUUUGUGCGGAUCUGGGGGGAGUAUGAUCGGGCUGCCUGUGGUCGUAUCCAUUACACUGACAUGUAUGAGAUGUUGACCAACAUGUCACCACCUCUAGGCCUGGGCAAGAAAUGCCCCUCCAAGGUGGCAUAUAAGCGGCUGGUCCUCAUGAACAUGCCUGUGGACGACGACAUGUCGGUGCACUUCACCUCCACCCUCAUGGCCCUGAUACGGACGGCCCUGGAGGUCAAGAUAGCCAGAGGAGGGGAGGACAGAAAUCAGAUGGACCUGGACCUGCAGAAGGAGAUCGGCGUCAUCUGGCCUCAUCUCUCGCAGAAGACGCUGGACCUGCUGGUUCCCAUUCACAAAGCCAGCGACAUGACUAUAGGGAAGAUCUAUGCUGCCAUGAUGAUCAUGGACUACUACAAGCAGAGCAAAGCCAAGAAGCUCAGACAACAGCUGGAGGAGCAGAAACACGCGCCUAUGUUUCAGCGCAUGGAUGCCUCCUCUCUGCCCCAGGAAAUCCUAUGCAAUGCCAAAUCCCUGUCCUUCCUCCGGCACAGUGCCGGAUCAGCGCUCACCAGGGGAGGUUUUGUGGCCCUCAGUCCCGUCUCUCCUCAAGAGAUGUUCAUGCAGCCGCUGCCUCGCUCCGGGGACGAGAAGGCAGAGGAGGAGGAGGAGGACGACUACUGCUCUGCCUACCACCCGUACCAGCGCCCACAUCAUCACCAUCGCCAUUUACACACACUGGUGCCGGACAUCAUAGAGUACAACCAAAGGAUGCAGGAAGCCAGGCAGGAGCCGGCGGCCAUUAAAUCCCCUCAGCGUGCAGCCUCCAUCAGAGCAUCCUCCAUGCCCAGACUCGCCGUUGAGCCACAGCCGGGGAUGUCAGCGGACAGUAAUCUGAUGAAACGCUCCUUCUCCACCAUCGGAGAUCAGUGCGUGAAUGGUCUCUGGCAGGAACAGCACUCUCUGGAGAGAGUCAGUCCUGAGGGCACAUACCGGCCCCGUCAGAGGAGCUACCGAGCACCAAAAGUGAACCACAGAGAAACAUGUAGUCACGAGAGAGGGCGGUCGAAGGAACGGCGCCACCUGCUGUCCCCUGAUGUGUCUCGCUGCAACUCAGAGGAGCGAAGCCGGGACCCUUCGUGUGAGAGGAGACGGUCCCCUUCACCCAAAGAAGGGGGGGUGCACACUUUGCAAAGACAGGUGAAUGCAUCAGGCAGCCCUGCACACUCAGACUCCAGUACCCCUCGUAAUCGACGCCAGCUGCCCCAGACACCCUCUCGCCCGCGGCCUUACAUCUCUUAUUCCCCUCUGGUCUGCCAAGCCAAUCCCUCUCCCGCAACAGCAGCCUCCUCUGAGGCCCAGACUCAGCCUCAGGAUGGGACUAUUGGCUCCACAGAGUCCCCGUGGAAGGCUGACAAGGGAAGCGGAGCCAGACCUGGAGGUCAAGGAUCAUCUGGAGGUCAGGUUUCCGGACCAAGUCAUCAAUCUCCUCACCACUACAUCUCAGAGCCCUACCUCCCGUUCCAUGAGAAUGUUAGCGGUGGCGAGGCAGGCAACAGGCCAGAGACUCUUACGUUCGAGACUGCCAUCGCCACUAGUCGUGGACGGGCCAACGCCAUCAGCUCUGCCCCACAGCUCAGACACUCGUGGCAGGUUCCUAACGGCCAUUUGAGGAAGCACUUGGGCCAAACGAGUCCAGCAGGAGCCAAGGAGCUGCCGAGCGACACAGACGAGGACGAUCGCUGCUAAAAGCCAGAGAGGAAGAGCAACACCAAUGGCACCACAAGGCCUCAUCCUCUGUGGCCCAGAGAACCCGCAUCCUCAGACCCAGUAGCAUCACAGUCAGCACUCAGCACCACCGCUGUUUCUCUGGAUACUUGGACGUCUGUCUGCGACAAAUCUCUUCUUUGUGUGUUUACGCGAACCUCGGUGUGUGUUUAAAUGUGUGCUCUGAGUAGAGAAAAUCGGCCAAACCGUGAGAAGAUCUGAGACUGACAGCACUAGAAGUAGCUACAGGCCACGUUGUUGCCAAAACUCCCCACACAACUGUGUUUUAGAUUGUUGUAUGAACAAACGGUGGCGAGACGUAAAUCCUCUCCCUGAAUCCAACAAACUGAUAUACAAGUGCUGCGUAGGUGAACAACAGGUAGCAUGUAUAGCUGUCUCACCUUGAAUGUAUUUUAGCUUUGGUUAUCACAGUCGGGUCAUGAGAGAAGGUCAGUGUUUGUAUUUCCUGUGUAUAGUUAGAGUAGCAGUGAGGACCAUUCUGCCAAAUUUAGCCAGUUUGCAACUGACAACCAGCCGUUUGCUACAGUUCCACAGCCACUAAACAAUGAGCGGCCACUCGCCACUCGAGGCAACAGGAGUCUGCAUUGAUUCCAGCAACACGAUGACAAGAUAUCAGAGUUUUUUUACUCAGGACCCUGGACCAGUGGUUUUGUUAUGUAUUAACUUCUAAACUCUUAAAUAGCUCCUUAGCUCUUGGACCUACUGUUCCAUGAACCCAUGCUUGUCUUUACCUUUCCCUGGACGCGGAUGCGUGAGGAACCGGCUCAGCCACCGGUUCAUCGCGUUGCCGACCACCGUCGUCGUCGUCUUUUGAAAGCUGACUAAAGCCAUUUUCCUGUACAUAGAGCCGAGGAUGUGUCUUCUUCAGGAUGCGUUGCCUUCUUUCACGCAAUGACAAAAAAUGAUGAGAAUCUAAAAGUCCAUCGGACACGCUGGUGUAACUGCGUUUCACAUCCCAGAGGCUUUUCCAAAAGAAGAAUCCCAGCGAUUAUAGUUUGUGUCUUUGUUAACUACCACGCUGCUUCCACCAUUCAAUAUUUUCUGUGGUUAAGGAAAUUCCCACAUGCAUGAUGAGAAAAGAUGUCAAUCUAACGCAUCUGGCGUCACCUGGAGUUUAUGCCAAUAAUAUAAUUCCAAUGCAUCAGGCAGGGAGAUGUUUACGCUCUUAGGUUCAACUUGAUAUGUUCUGACAUUUAAACGUAAAGUUUCCCCACAAAUAUGACAUGUUGCGUAUAUCCACAUGCUGCUACGUUGUUCUAAUAUGUUGAGUUUGCUUUUGAAAUGCGAACACAGGAGUUAGCAGCGGGAGCCGACUCAGUGUGUAACACACAGGCCGGGAUCCUAGACAGAGAAGCUUCCUGGUAAUACAGGAAAAGAUGUACAAACAAAACCCAUGUUUUACUUAUUGCUCUGUUUAUAUUUCCUUUCAAUCAUGACGCCUGUCUGCGACUUUAACAAAAGAAGUGUUUACAUAUCAUGUAGGACAAUUAAAGACGGAUCACUUGUCACAUUUA